AUGCCGGUUAUCUUUGCUCGUGAGGCUCCCAAGCUAUGGAGGAAAGUAUGCGCAGAGACGUCAACUGAAAUUUCGCUUCUUGCCAGGAAUUGGAAGUAUUUUCUUGCUGGUCUCUACCUUCAUGGACUAGCUGCUCAUGGUGUUCAUUAUUUACAUCGGCCAGGACCGAUGCUUCAGGAUGCUGGGUUCUUUUUCCUCCCGGAACUUGGUCAAGACAGAUCUUAUCUUAGUGAGACUCUCUUUUCAGUUAUCUUUUUCUCCUUUGUCUUGUGGACUUUUCACCCCUUUGUUUUCCAGUACAAAAAGAUAUAUACAGUUCUGAUAUGGUGCAGAGUAUUUGCUUAUUUAGGCGUCUCUCAAAUGCUCCGGAUUAUAACCUUCUACUCAACUCUGCUUCCUGGUCCAAACUAUCAUUGCCGCGAGGGCUCAAAACUUGCCAGGCUGCCCCCUCCAGAGAGUGCACUUGAAGUGCUCUUAAUCAACUUUCCCCGAGGAGUAAUGUAUGGUUGUGGUGAUUUGAUCUUUUCAUCACAUAUGAUUUUUACCUUAGUAUUUGUGCGCACAUAUCAGAAAUAUGGAACAAAGAGGUGCAUUAAGCAGAUUGCUUGGUUAGUUGCUGUUAUUCAGAGCCUCCUGAUUGUAGCAUCUCGCAAACAUUACACUGUUGACAUUGUUGUUGCCUGGUACACUGUAAAUUUGGUAGUGUUCUUUAUUGACCAAAAAUUGCCAGACUUGCCUGAUCGGUCCCUUGGUUCUACAUCUCAACAACUGCUACCAAUAAGCAGCAGAGAUAAAGAUAGCAAGAACAGAGAAGAGCUUGACAAAUUCCGGAAUGGAAAUUCUGCCAACAUUACCACUUGA